CUGUGUCUUACUGUCAGUGUAGAUUGUUCAGGCUGAUUAUGGAAAAGUCGAGAAGUUUCCACGCUGUUUAUAAAGCAAAUAUUCACGACGCGGCGGUUUGAGUUCACUCACUGGACCGACCCUAGACGUGUCGCUGGCCUUCGACGAACAGCUUUGACAGAAUAAGACUUGCGGAUGGUCAAAAUGGGUAAAGACUACUACGACAUUUUAGGAAUUAAGAAGGGAGCAUCAGAGGACGAAAUAAAGAAAGCGUACCGGAAACAGGCUCUGCGUUAUCACCCAGACAAAAACAAGUCCCCGGGAGCAGAGGAGAAAUUCAAGGAAAUCGCCGAAGCUUACGAUGUUUUGAGUGACCCGAAGAAAAAAGACAUCUACGACCGCUUCGGAGAAGAAGGUCUGAAAGGUGGUGGUCCCACAGGUGGUUGCAAUGGUGGUCCUGGCACCUACAGCUACACUUUCCAGGGAGACCCUCAUGCCAUCUUUGCAGAGUUCUUUGGGGGACGUAACCCCUUUGAACAGUUCUUUGGAGGUCGCAAUGGAGGCAUGGAUGAGAACAUGGACACUAAUGAUCCUUUUGCCCAUUUUGGAAUGGGAGGGGCAGGGAUGGGAGGUGGCGGGAUGGGAGGGGGUGGGAUGGGCGGGUUCCCUCGCUCCUUCAGCACUGGCAUGGGAGGAAUGGGCCCCCAUAGCAGUGUUGUAAAGAAACAGCAAGACCCAGCUGUGGUUCGUGACCUCCGGGUAACAUUGGAGGAAGUGCUGUCAGGUUGCACCAAGAAAAUGAAGGUGUCACGUAAAAGGCUGAACCCAGAUGGACGGACAGUAAGAUCAGAAGAUAAAAUCCUGGAGGUGCAGAUAAAAAAGGGGUGGAAAGAGGGCACCAAAAUCACAUUUCCCAAAGAGGGGGAUGAGACUCCCACAAACAUUCCUGCUGAUGUGGUUUUUGUAUUAAAGGAUAAGCCACAUCAGGUGUUCAAACGUGACGGCUCUGACAUCAUCUACACAGCCAAGAUCUCACUCAGAGAUGCUUUAUGUGGCUGCACAAUCAAUGCACCCACACUGGAAGGCAGAACGGUUACUGUAACGACUACAGAUAUUGUGCAGCCGGGCAUGAAGCGACGCGUGAGCGGCGAGGGGCUGCCAUAUCCCAAACGGCCCGAUCGGCGAGGCGACCUCAUAGUGGAGUAUGAAGUGAAGUUUCCAGAAAGGCUCAGUCAGAGCGCUAAGGACACCAUCGCUCAGGUCCUACCGCGAUCUUAAACAAGACAAGUGUGACUUUGUACAUUAGGCUGCCAACUUUUACUUUUGUCAGUCAUCACAUGGAUGUUCAUGUGAUGCAAACUAGACAAAAGAACAGAAUCAUGGGACAGACUGCCCGAAGUGUAUGCUGUCAUCUGCAGUUUUCACAGUGUGUAAAUAUGACCGACAUUAACUGGUCUUCACAUAGGAAUAUAUUUUGUUGACAAAAACUGUAUAAUAACAUGUGACAUAAAUGCACACUUUAAUACAGGAGCUAUUUUGUAGGUUUUCUGUUAGAAAGAAGGUGUUUUCUGUAUGUGCAAAUUCCAAGUUUUGUAUUGAAUUGUUUACAUAGUUGAGAUACUUUGAUGGUUUGUGUACUGGUGGAGUACACUUCUUGGAAUGGUGGAAUGUUUUUGUGUUUGAAUGAGGAGAAAUGCAGCUUUUUAGUGAGAAACAUUGUUUGACACUCAAUAAAAAUGGUUGUGGUUCUUAAAA